AUGUUCGCAUCUCUAUUUGCGCGGAUCUCUCCGUUCCACGGACCACUAACUCCCGCAGUGUGUGAACCCCCCGCACUCACCGAUGUACAACCAAUCCAGAAUGCCAUAUCAUCGUCCUCUGAAGCUGCACCGAUCUACUCUUGCGAAUUUGGCUCUGCUAAAUAUUUUGCGUUAUGUGGUGUCGGAGGUUUACUAUCGUGCGGCCUAACCCACACGGCAGUGGUACCGUUGGAUCUCGUGAAAUGUCGUCUGCAGGUUGACUCUAAGAAGUACAAGAAUGUGAUGUACGGUUUCAAGUUGAGUGUAAGAGAAGAAGGCGUGCGCAGUCUCGCUAAGGGUUGGGCUCCGACAUUUAUCGGAUAUUCCCUACAGGGCAUGUUCAAAUUCGGUCUGUACGAGGUGUUCAAAGUGGGCUACUCAAAUGUCCUAGAUGAGGAGACAGCGUAUGUUUAUCGCACUUUCGUGUACUUGGCUGCUUCAGCAUCCGCAGAGGUGUUUGCAGACAUCGCUCUCUCACCCUUCGAGGCUGUGAAGGUGCGCAUCCAAACCAUGCCUGGAUUUGCAAAUACGUUGCGCGAGGCAUGGCCAAAAAUGGUACAAAAUGAAGGUUACGGUACCUUUUACAAAGGUCUCGUGCCGUUAUGGGGUCGCCAAAUUCCAUACACCAUGAUCAAGUUCGCCUGUUUUGAAAGAACGCUCGAAAUGUUUUAUAAGUACGUAGUGCCAAAACCGCGUGACCAGUGCUCGAAGGGCGAGCAGCUGGUGGUGACAUUCGCAGCGGGCUGCGUUGCCGGAGUCUUAUGCGCAAUUGUUUCACACCCAGCUGACACCGUUGUGUCUAAACUAAACCAGGACAAGUCUGCAACGGUAGGAUCAAUUGUAAGCAAACUGGGUUGGGCGGGCGUUUGGAAAGGACUCGGAACAAGGAUUGUUAUGAUUGGUACACUUACAGCGCUUCAGUGGUUCAUCUUCGAUGGAGUAAAGGUAAUAUUGAGAACACCACGACCACCUCCAGCUGAGAUGCCAGAAUCGAUGAAGAAACGAUUGGAGGCUGAGAUAUCUGUUAAAGAUAAUUAA